AUGUCAGACGAAGAAGAUUACGAUAUUGCAGGAAAGCUUGCUUUAGCAGGCUCUGACUCAGAACCUGAAUCAGAUUUAAGCUCCGAUAAUGAAGAAGUGCAGGAUGAAAUAAUCUCUGAUGACGAUGAUACUAAGCAUAAGCCAAAUAAAAAACAGAAGUUAGACAAGGGAAAGGCCAAGCAAACAUUCCCAUCUUUGGAAUUAUCAGAUGAUGAAGGUGAUAACGAAUCAAAGGAUAUGGCAUCUUAUUUUGUUGCAAAUAACCCUCAAGCUAAAAAGGCUAAGAAUGGUUCAUUUCCGUCAUUUGGGUUUUCUAAAUUUUUGUUAACUAACAUAUCCAAGAAAGGGUUUAAACAACCGACUCCUAUCCAGAGAAAGACAAUUCCGUUGAUUAUGGAAAACAGAGAUGUGGUUGGUAUGGCUAGAACAGGUUCUGGUAAAACAGCAGCCUUUACUUUACCAUUAGUUGAAAAAUUGAAAAGUCAUAGUCCAAAAGUUGGUGUACGUGCUAUUAUUUUAUCACCUUCAAGAGAAUUAGCAUUGCAGACGUUUAAACAAGUUAAAGAAUUCAGUAAAGGUACCGAUUUAAGAUCUAUAGUCUUAAUUGGUGGUGAUUCAUUAGAAGAGCAGUUUUCUUCUAUGAUGACCAACCCAGACAUUAUAGUGGCUACUCCUGGUCGUUUCUUGCAUUUAAAGGUUGAAAUGGAGUUAGAAUUGAAGACCGUAGAAUAUAUUGUUUUUGAUGAAGCCGAUAGAUUAUUCGAAAUGGGUUUUGCAGAGCAAUUGAAUGAACUAAUUGCUGCUUUGCCUUCAUCUAGACAGUCCCUUUUAUUCUCUGCAACGUUACCAAGAUCUUUGAUCGAUUUCGCAAAGGCGGGUUUAACGAAUCCAGUUUUGGUCAGAUUAGAUGCUGAAACUAAGAUUUCCGAUCAAUUGCAAAUGGCUUUCUUCUCUAUCAAAAACAAUGAAAGAGAGGCAAGUUUGUUAUAUGUUUUACAAGAGGUUAUUAAAUUACCCUUAGCGUCUCCUGAAGAAGUGAAAAGAUAUAGUGACAUGGAUAAGAGAGAUAAUGGGUCUGAUUCUGAAGCUGAAGAUGACGACAAAAAUAGCAAGAAAAAGAGGUUUAGGUUUAAAAAAGAAAGAUUACCUCCAGCUAAUGUGUUGCCAUCAAAGCAUUCUACAAUUGUUUUCGUGCCAACUAAACAUCAUGUUGAAUAUGUGACCACUUUAUUGAAAGAUGCUGGAUAUUUAGUAUCUUAUAUCUAUGGUACCCUUGACCAACAUGCUAGAAAACAACAGUUAUAUCAAUUCCGUAUUGGGAUGACUAGUAUAUUAGUAGUUACGGAUGUUGCUGCUCGUGGUAUCGAUAUUCCGAUAUUGGCUAAUGUCGUUAAUUACACAUUACCUGGUUCAUCAAAGAUUUUUAUUCAUCGUGUGGGUAGAACAGCAAGAGCUGGUAAUUCAGGUUGGGCAUAUUCUAUUGUGAACGAAAAAGAAUUACCAUACUUAUUGGACCUAGAAUUAUUUUUGGGUAGGAAAGUUUUAUUAACAUCCAUGCAUGAAAAGAAAUGUGAAAUGUUGAAACAGAGACAACAAUCGAACCACGUAGAACCAAAAGUAUCAUAUACAGAUAGAUUAGUUCUUGGAUCAAUCCCAAGAGUUGACAUUGAAACCUUUCAAGAGUUAUAUGAAAAUAUAUUAAGGAACCAUUAUGAAUUAAGUGUUGUUAAAGGUGUCGCAACUAAAGGUGAAAAAUUGUAUUACCGUACGAGACAACCAGCAUCUCAGGAGUCUUUGAAGAGAUCAAAGGAAAUUUUACAAACGGGUAACUGGGAUGAUCAGCAUUUAUUAUUUGGGCCUAACUUAGAGAAAGAAAAAGAAAGAUUCUUAACUCAACUCUUAAAUAGAAAGUCUAAAGAGACCGUCUUUGAAUUUAACAAAAAAGGUAACGAUAAAGAUGAAGAUAGUUUAGUUGAGUUUAUGCAUAAAAGAAGAAAGCAAAUUGCUCCUAUUCAAAGAAGAGCUAAAGAAAGAAGAGAAUUGUUAGAAAAAGAAAGGAUUGCAGGUUUAACUCAUGGUAUCGAAAAUGAGAUCUUGAAAAACGAUGAUGAAGUUGGCUAUUCUGGAACAACUAUUGAAGCAGAUGAACAGGAAUUACAAGACGCGUUUGAAGAUGCAGAUGAGUUGAUUGAGAAAAAGAAGAAUGAAAAGAGAAAGAGUUUCAGAGAUCCUCAAUUUUUCCUUUCACAUUAUGCACCAGCAUCUGUUAUUCAAGAUCAGCAAUUAGCCUUAUCAUCAUCAUUUGCAAAUGAUGCAGCUAAGGCUACCUUCGACUUGGAUAAUGAUGAAAAAUUAAAGGGUAACAAACAGGUCAUGCAAUGGGAUAGAAAGAAAGGUAAUUACGUUAAUGCACACUCAACUGAUAAGAAGUUCAUUAUUGGUGAAAGUGGUCAAAGGAUUCCAGCGACUUAUAGAUCUGGUAGAUUUGAUGAUUGGAAGAAGCAAAGAAACUUGAAGCCAACUAAGACAGGUGCAAUGGAAUCUAAUGCUACAAAUGGUAAAGAUAGAAGGUUCAAACAUAAGAAAGUUGCAGCUCCAAAGAUGCCAGAUAAGUUUAGAGAUGAUUAUCAUAAACAGAAAGAAAAGGUCAAGAAGGCUGUUGAUUCAGGAAUGCAAGUUAAAGGUUACAACAAGCCUGGUCAGAAACAAGAGCUUAGAUCAACCGAAGAUAUUAGAAAAGCAAGAGCAAGUAAAGAAAAGAAGAGAGCUAAGAAUGCUCGUCCAAGUAGAAAACGUAAAUAG